CCCUCCCGAGGGAGCAGCAGGCGGAGGCGCGGCUCCAGCGGGCGCCCGAGCCCGGCCCUCAGCGAGCCUGGCGGCGGCGGCGGCGGCGGCGACUCCCACACCGCAACCCCGCCAUGGCUGAGGCUGGCGCGGCCGGGCCGGGGGAGGGCGAGGCGGGGAGCAGCAAUGGCGGGGCCGGGGCGCUUCAGCAAGGCUCGCCGGCUUCAGCGGGGACGCCCGCUCGAGCUCCGGCCGCCGCGACUCCUCCUGCGCCCGCCGAGACCAGCCCUGCAGCGGGAGCAGGAGGAGGAAGCAGCAACGGGAGCAGCACGGGCGGGACAGGCAGCGGGGGACCCGGCUCGGCUCGCAUCGCGGGCAAGAAGGCGCAGCUCCGCUCCGCACCCCGCGCCAAGAAGCUGGAGAAGUUGGGCGUCUAUUCCGCCUGCAAGGCUGAGGAAUCCUGCAAAUGCAAUGGAUGGAAAAACCCUAACCCACCCCCAACUCCACCCAGGGCAGAUCUACAGCAGGUGAUUGUGAGUCUGACUGAAACAUGUCGUAGCUGUAAUCAUCCAUUAGCUGCUCAUGUUUCACAUUUGGAGAAUGUCUCUGAAGAAGAAAUGAACCGGCUUUUGGGGAUUGUUCUGGAUAUAGAGUACCUUUUUACCUGUGUUCAUAAAGAAGAAGAUGCAGAUACCAAGCAAGUCUAUUUCUACUUGUUCAAGCUUUUGAGGAAGUGUAUAUUACAGAUGGGGAAACCUGUUGUAGAAGGAUCUUUGGAAAGUCCACCAUUUGAGAAACCUAGCAUUGAACAGGGAGUCAAUAAUUUUGUGCAAUACAAAUUUAGUCACCUUCCAUCAAAAGAGAGACAAACAAUAGUAGAACUGGCUAAAAUGUUUCUAAAUCGCAUCAACUAUUGGCACCUGGAGACACCUUCUCAGCGAAGACAGAGGUCACCUAAUGAUGACAUUGCUGGCUAUAAAGUGAACUACACAAGAUGGCUUUGCUACUGUAAUGUCCCUCAAUUUUGCGAUAGUCUACCUCGGUAUGAAACCACACAAGUUUUUGGGAGAACACUUCUGCGUUCAGUGUUUACCGUCAUGAGACGUCAACUUCUGGAGCAUGCUAGGCAGGAAAAAGACAAACUUCCUCCUGAGAAACGGACACUAAUUCUCACACAUUUCCCAAAGUUCCUAUCCAUGCUGGAGGAAGAGGUCUAUAGUCAGAGUUCUCCCAUCUGGGAUCCAGAUUUCAUUGCAUCUUCUUCUCGAAAUGCACAGCUAGGCAUCCAGGCAGUUAUUAGCCAUCCUCCUGUGGUGAGGUCCGCUGCAUGCAAUGCAAGCCCCUCAUCUCUAGAACAAACCAGUGGGGGAAAUAUGAGUCCUGUUUGCAAGGCUAUUUCUGGCCUGGACCAAAAUCUAGGAGAGAAGAGAAAAAUUAAUGAGCCUUAUUCUGUAGAGGAUGCCAAGAAGCCAAGAGUGGUAGGAGAUAUUCCUAUUGAGCUUAUUAAUGAAGUGAUGUCAACCAUUACAGAUCCAGCUGCAAUGCUGGGGCCAGAGACCAACUUUCUAUCAGCACAUUCAGCUCGGGAUGAGGCAGCGAGACUGGAAGAGCGAAGGGGAGUGAUUGAAUUUCAUGUCGUUGGAAAUUCCCUAAAUCAGAAGCCAAAUAAGAAAAUUAUGAUGUGGUUGGUUGGCUUACAGAAUGUAUUUUCACAUCAGUUACCCAGAAUGCCAAAAGAAUAUAUAACUCGUCUGGUCUUUGAUCCGAAACACAAGACCCUUGCAUUAAUAAAAGAUGGACGAGUGAUUGGCGGUAUUUGUUUCCGGAUGUUCAUGUCUCAAGGAUUUACAGAAAUCGUUUUCUGUGCUGUGACUUCCAAUGAGCAAGUUAAGGGUUAUGGAACUCACUUAAUGAAUCAUCUGAAAGAAUAUCAUAUUAAGCAUAACAUUCUCAACUUUCUUACGUAUGCGGAUGAAUAUGCAAUUGGCUAUUUCAAGAAACAAGGUUUUUCUAAAGAUAUUAAAGUACCAAAAGCAAAGUACGUUGGCUAUAUCAAGGAUUAUGAAGGAGCAACUUUAAUGGGAUGUGAAUUAAAUCCAAGGAUUCCAUACACUGAAUUUUCAGUCAUUAUUAAGAAGCAGAAAGAGAUUAUUAAAAAGUUGAUUGAAAGAAAGCAAGCUCAGAUUCGGAAGGUUUACCCUGGUCUUUCUUGCUUCAAAGAUGGAGUACGUCAGAUUCCUAUAGAAACAAUUCCUGGAAUCAGAGAGACUGGAUGGAAGCCAAGCAUUAAAGAGAAAGGUAAAGAACCCAAAGAUCCAGAUCAGCUCUACAGUACACUAAAAAACAUUCUGCAACAAGUCAAGAGCCAUCAAAGUGCUUGGCCAUUCAUGGAACCAGUGAAGAGAACCGAAGCUCCUGGAUAUUAUGAAGUUAUAAGAUUCCCCAUGGACCUGAAAACCAUGAGUGAACGACUGAAGAAUAGAUACUAUGUGUCUAAGAAGUUAUUCAUGGCAGAUCUUCAGCGAGUCUUCACUAACUGCCGAGAGUACAACCCACCAGAAAGUGAAUACUAUAAGUGUGCCAAUAUACUGGAGAAAUUCUUCUACACAAAAAUUAAGGAAGCUGGGUUAAUUGACAAGUAAUAAUUGUCUUUCUCCCAUGCAGCCAGGAUGCCUAAUUGAGGAGCAGCAUAUGCAGUUAUUUUUCAGUGGAACUGGGACUGAUGUUUUAAAGAAUUUUGUUUUCUGAACUAGCACUUUUAAAAACUGUAAGAUAGAAGAGUUUAUUUUAUUAAAAGUCUUUUUAAAUGUACACCUGCAUGCCCUUUUGCAGUGUAUUAAACUUUUAUUAGAUGUAUUGCACAGACUGUUUGGAGAUUUGAAAAGGAAAGUUUUCCAAGCAGUGAAUGUUUAAGCUUAAUGUAAUGCAGUAUCAAAUAGAAAAAUAGCUUUUUAUUUUUUACAGCAAAGUUGCUGAUGAAGGGGAAAAUGAGUUUUAUAGAUAUAUUUUAAUUAAUAAAACACUCAACUUAGAAGGUGCUAUGAGAAAGCAAGAAAUCACUGCUUUAAGCUGCAAAGAUGAAAAUCCCAAAACAGGUUUCCUCUAUAGAUUUGGUUAUAAACAUUUACUUUUGUAAAGAAAACCUGUUUUAAAAUGUAGCAUCACACUAAUGGCUGUGUGAGUCAUGUUCCCAAAAUACUACAAAUGACACCUUUCCUAUUAUUCUAGUUUAGGUGUUUAAUGCACUUUUAUGGCAUAGAAAGCCAUUCUGUCUUCAUUUUUUGUAGCACUACUGUGAAGAGAUGAAAAGAGAUCAAAAGUUCACAUCUGGAACUAUGUGCUACCUAAAACUGACUGUCACACUAAAGCAUGCAUGCAGGUUCAUGUAUGGAGAGAACCAACACCAUGAGAUCCAGUGAGCAGUAGAUAUGCAUUCCUUCAUGCAAAUGGGAAUGUGUGCCUGUUGUGCCUUCCAUUCAAUUAUGACAGGUGCUACUGCUUUUCUGUCAGUCUUAACCAUGCUUAGAUCACACUCUAAAAUCAAUGGGACAAGUCAUGACUUCUCUUACUGAUUUUAGUGUUCAAUGUGACAGCAUCUAGAUCUAAUACAAUACAUGCAUCUUUGUUUGGAUCAGCACCAGAGAGGACCUGCUCAAAGGUUUCAUGAAUCUUCUUAAGGAGUUGUGCAUGCGUUCUUGUCUCUCAGUGUAAACAUAUGGAACCUUGUGUUAUAUAUUAGUUAGCCCUCCACAUUUGUGGGUUUACCUUUUGUGGAUUUGAUUAAUAUAUUUGCAGGAAAGUGUAGGUUUCCCAGUGCGAUUCUAUGGUCAGCUUUCAUUAGAAAUUGAUUAUAGAGCUAUGCUGGAGGACCCAGAGAUUCUUAGAGAGAAUACCUCUCUAGGAAUCUCUAGGACCUCCUGCACAACUAUAUGACCAAUUUCCAGUGACAGCUGACCAUAGGGGACCUAAAGAAGUAUUCUCAGGUUUUUAAAAAAUGUGGUAUUUGUAAGAUUGGUGUUUCUACUUUCACAAGGGUCUUGCAACCCUAACCCCAGCAAAUAGGGAGGGCUAAUUACUUCAAACAGAUGAGGUGAGAAAUGGGUGACUCUCUGGGUGUUUCUGAACUAAAGAUAUUAAUAUUCUUCCUUAUCAGUUAUGCUGGAGAGGACCAUGCAAUUCCCAGAUCUGAACUAGAUUUUUCAAACAACAUUCUAUGGCAACAACAACCAGACCACUACUAAUCACAUAAUGGUAUAAGAAGAUACUUCUUAUAUACAUAGAACAUACUUCCAUUUAUGUAACUGGCUGGGUUAAGCUGGAGACAGAUAUGCACUAACCAUGUAGUUCUGCUAUUUUACCAUACUGGCAGGGAAGGAAUAAGAUAUCUAAAUGGUCUUCAUUUCUUUAAUUUCAUUCCUGCAGUGGCAUUGGAGAAUUUGAGUUUCAUGCUUUUUUUAUAUGUGCAGAAAUACUUCACUAACAAGUCUGUGUUACAAAAGGAUUAUCAUUAUUUGCAAAGCACCUAUAUUAGUUUGUUCUAAUUCUAUGACUAGGAGACCCUUGAUAGAUGGUACAAAAAUAGUCAAAAUGGUAACAUAGAAAUGCCUUAGUGCUUUAUAUAAAAUCAAGAUUUAUUUGGCUUUGUAUUUAAGGUACAACGAUGCAACUGUGUAUUAGAGUAUUUAAGUAGUAAUUUUCAAGUUAUUUUGUAAACUGGGCCAACGGAAUCACCUCUUAAGCUUGAUAACCUGUGAAAGUGUUAUUUUCAAAGAUUCUUACUGUCUUGAAAUUAGAGUCUCUUCUAUAUUGAGAACACCUGGUUUCUAAUUUAAAAGAUUAUUUUCAUAGAUAUUGUGCAAUAAGGCUAUAUAAAGUACAAUGUGUUUUCAAUGCUUUAACUGAAAUUUUACAUUUGUAAAAUUAUUUAUUGUACUAGUAUAAAAUGGAUUUAAAUUAUAUGUUUAAAAUCUUGUGUGCUAUUUUGUAAUUUGCAUAUAAAAAUACCUGAAGUAUUCA